UGUAACAACACUGAGGUUGUGAUAUUGGUAACUAUAAUGAGGAUUACUGCACAGGCCAUUGUAUUACCCAUAGAUAUGGCAUACAUUACUGUGUAUUUUGUAGCACAGAAUACACGAAGAAAAAAGUGUAUUUGAGUAAGAAUGUUUGUAUUAUAUAUGUUGGGUUUCCGGGGGUCCUACUAUGUAUUGAGAACUUGAAUAGCCCGGAGCCCAUUCAGGAACGUUUAUGUUUCCGGAGUUACAUUUUCAAUGGCAUGUUGUGGGUUCCAUUUCCGGAGAACUUCUCAGGUGUAGGGCAAAAAAUGACACUCCCUUAUUAUUAAGAAGGUUUAGCGUGGUCCUGAGCGUGCCACGUACGAAGACUAUAUAGGAAUAAGAGACCAGAGGCCUGGGAUUUGUCUUUAUGGAACUGCUCUAACAGUGAUCUGCAUUCCUUACUUUAGCCAAGGUAUGUCACGGAACAUGUUGCAGUAAAAUAUUGUGAGGCUUACCACUCAUCGGUAUAAAACCAAAGUUGGGCAUGGAGCAGGAGGAGGAAGUGAACAAAAUAGUCAUAGCAGAUGAAACACUGAAUGGUGAUCCUUUGAAAGAACAAGAAAAUGAAAGUGAGCAUCUGACAGAAGAACGUGAUCAGGAUGUUCCAGAGAGAAGCACUCACCUGACUUCUACCAUAAAGCACAAAUGUGCUGCUUAUGUAGUAGCCCUCAGACCUUGGAGCUUUAGUGCAUCUCUGAUUCCUGUAGUAUUAGGUAGCGCAUUAGCCUACCGGGUUGAAGGAACUAUCGAUAUUAUUGUCUUAAUUGUCUGCGCUGUGGCAGUGCUUUCUGUCCAUGGUGCUGGUAACUUGGUUAAUACGUAUUAUGACUUUUCAAAAGGGAUUGAUCAUAAAAAGAGUGAUGAUAGGACACUUGUAGAUCGAAUUCUUGAACCACAGGAUGUUGUCAGGUUUGGAGCCUUUCUGUACACCUUGGGCUGCGUGUGUUGUACAUGUUUAUUUGUUCUGUCAACACUGAAAUUGGAACAUUUGGCUCUGAUCUACUUUGGGGGUCUUUCCAGUUCAUUUCUUUAUACAGGAGGUAUUGGCUUUAAAUAUUUGGCACUUGGAGAUAUCAUCAUUCUUAUUACUUUUGGACCUCUUGCAGUGAUGUUUGCUUAUGCUGUCCAGGUGGGGCAUCUAUCCAUUACACCACUGCUUUAUGCAAUUCCCCUUGCUUUAAAUACAGAGGCCAUCUUACACAGCAACAACACCAGAGACAUGGAGUCUGACCGCCAGGCAGGCAUUGUCACCCUCGCCAUUCUUAUUGGACCAACUUUAUCUUAUGUGGUGUACAACCUUUUGCUAUUUGUACCUUACAUCAUCUUUAGUAUUUUAGCAUGUCGCUAUUCAAUCAGCAUGGCUUUGCCAAUGCUUACUUUGCCCAUGGCAUUUUCAUUGGAGAAGCAAUUUAGGAGUCAAAAGUAUGUACGGAUUCCACAACGGACUGCGAAGCUUAACUUAUUAUUGGGUCUUUUCUAUGUUUUUGCCAUAAUUUUGUCUCCACCUGGGAAUUUGCCUAAGCUAUAAAAUUUUGUUUGUAUGUAAAAUGUAUUUAAGCUAUUCAUAAAUGGUUAAUUUUA